AAUGUUGGUAAGGAAAUUAAGUAAAUUGACGAACGGUCUUUGUAUUGAUGAAAAGCUGUUGAAUCUCGAAUUUGGGGAUAAAUCCAUUUAUCCAAUUUUUAUAGACAGAUGUGCACACAGAGUUUACAUAGAACGUGGCCUAAUUAACAAGAGAAAAUUAAGAAUGAAUGAUAAAGAUAGAGAUAAGCUUAAAGCACACGGAAUAUUCAAGCUAAAGCAGUACCUAAUUGUUACCAUUAGGAUUGAUAGUAUUUUAUCAAGCAAUUGUGUCAGUGUAUGUAGUUUAGAACAGAUAGAAGAAAGGUCCCAAAUCGACAGGGAUUUGGUCUUUGAAGCGAUUAGACGGAAUUUCGCUAAAGAUGACAAUUAUUUGGAAAUAAAGCUGUAUUCAAUCUGGCCUGAGAGUAUUGCUCAUUAUGGAACGGUCAAAGUUCAAUUUUGUCCUGAUCGCAACCAAUUAGAGUUUCUAACUGAUAAGCUAAUGAAUGAUUUAAAGAGAAAAUUAAGAUUAAUAACGUAUUAUACGGAUGUAAAAGUCUUUAUAGAAUGCGGAUUGUUUUUAUUAGAUGAAGAAAGCUUCUUUUUAUCCGUAGAAUCGGUUCUUGAACAGCCAAAAUUGUUCUUUGCUAGGAAUCAAGUUCUUAAGGAGCAGGCGCCUUCACCUUUAGGCAAAAGGUUAAGAAUUUGGCUUAUUUUCAUUAGUCAAAAGCAGGUAGACAUGACAGAAUGUUACAACGAAAAUAACAACUUCUAUUUACCGGAGAUAAGAGAAGAGGAUCCCCUCGAACACUUCCACAAGCAUCAUAGAUUAUGCUUUUUGCGGAAAUCGAUAGGUCUAUAUAGCAAGAACCUACUUUGGAAUUCGGUUGACGUUGAAAAGCUUCGAAAUUGGGUUGAAGAAGCCGUAAAAGACUAUAACAUUAACGAGGAGCCAACUGUUUGGAAUAUAACUUUAUGGAACGAAUGUCCACCUUCGUUCGGUUUGGAUAAGUAUCAAAUACUGUGUGAAAAAUGCCAGAAUGGAAUGUAUAGUCAGGACUAUUUGGGACAUUGCUAUUAUUGCUUAAAUCAGGGAAUUGACAAUUGUAUUGGCAGAGAUGAAAAUUUAAAAAAAAAAGAACAAAUUACGCCUAGCAGCGGAAGUGUGUUAUUACUUUGCACGGUAGGAUGUAUUUACAAGCUAAUUAAAUAUACGUACGACUUUAAGAACUACUGCUACGCUUGGAAUAUUAGUAACGAAAACAUCUUAUCAAAAAUUCCAUCAGUGCCUCCAUGGUUCAAUCCGGAAAAGCACAUAAAUUGGUACGAAUCCGGUAAAUUUUAUAUUGCAUUUGGAUCAAAUGUCUAUAUCCAUUCAUAUCCGAUGGGUUGGAUCGAUUUUCGUGUAAUUAGAGACGAUGAAAUAGACGAUUGA